AUCCUGUUCUGUUCAGUCGUUUUGGCGAGUGUUGAAUAGAUGAUUCGGCUGAUCUGCUGCUUUGGUCUGCAGUAUCAGUGUGUUGUGGAGCAGCGCGACUACUCUAGACUGAAAUGAGACACUCUGAGGAGCAGAGCAUGUUUUAACAGGAAUUCGGUAUUUUAAAUAAUACGUUACAUGAUAUCCCACAAUCACGCCUUCAGCUCUGGUCUUAUAUGGGCUUCUCUGAAUCGGAGCUGAUCUGGCUGCUGUAGAACCCGCUAGUGUCUAAAUAAGACCCGUACUAAACACAUAGUGUGAGUUUACAGUUAGCUGCAGGGCUAGCUGGUGGUGAUGGCCUCUGAAGCUGUCCUCACUGUGCGCCUGGUCCGCUCUUUCGAGCAUCGCAACUUCAAGCCGGUGGUGUUUAGAGGAGUGAAUUUAGACCAGAAAGUGGAGGACUUUGUUGCUUUUGUGAAGAAGGAUGUUUCUACAAGAUCUGGCCUGCCCCCACCUUUCAAGAAAUUUGAAUAUGACACAAUGAAGAUCAUUCAUCAGGCACAUGGAGCUAAGACUAAUGAACUCGUAAUGAGCCUUGAGGAAGAUGAAAAACUGAUUCUGAAAAAUGGCCUCGAUUUACGAUCGUGUGGCAUUGCCAAUGAGACAGAGCUCGCCUUCUUCAAGAUGGCUGACUAUGAAAAUUACAAGACCAAUCCUCAGUGUGUGUGGUGAGACCAGGGAAAGAUACGUCGUCGUAUGAGAGACAUGUUUUAUUUAUAGGAGGCUGUGAGACAUUAUGGAAGUUUGUGAUUACGCUUUUUUUUAAACUUAAAGCCUCCUACACAGCAGAUCUUCAAGGAUCAGCCAAGCUUGAGAUGGUGUUUUAAUUUCUUUUUUUUUCUUUUAAGUAAAUGUAUAAUGUCACUUUUCAGUCACAUUCAACAGAGGUAAAAGCUGUUACAGUAAUUUAACUGAAAAAUGUUUUGCAUUAUUUAUCAGACAGAAAGAAAAAUACUUUUUUACAUCUUUGCCUUCACACCAUCUGUUUUCUUUUAAUUAUUUACCAAAGACAUCUGUGCCUCACAUUGUGUUGAUUCAUUUAAUAAAGUUUAUUUUAAAUGUU